GUGAUGAGCCACCACUACAUCGGGCGCGUGUUCAGAUUCUACAUCUGCAACCUGACGCCGACCCUGAAGAGAAUAGGGGGGUGGGUGACCAACAUCCUCACGGACCGCCAGAAGCAGAAGCUGCACUUCGUCGACGACGUGUCCGACCUGAGAAAG